AUGUCUAUUGAGGAAAAAUUUCUUGAAUCUUUGAGGUCAAAAUUCGAAUCAGGGAAAACAAGGAGCAUAUACCCUAGAGUAAAGUACCAUGAUCUUUUAGCAAAGAUUAAACUUUUGGAAUCAUCAGAAAAGAAAUUGACAAAAGAUUACUACAAUUUAAGCAGGUAUGACAUUUUUAACAUUGGUGGUUUUGAGAGGUUGAUAACUAAAGUCAGCGAGAAUGAGGGAAAUUUCAAAAUUUAUGUCUUCCUAGAGGAACUCUAUGGUAUUUUGGAAAAGGCACAUAAAGAAACAGGUCAUGGCGGCAGAGAUCGCAUGAUAAAACAACUAAAUAAUGGAUAUGCUAACAUUUCACGUGAUGCAAUUGAAUUAUUUCUGUCACUUUGUGAAAAUUGCAAUAUGAAAAAAAAACAUAUAGGGAAAGGAGUGGUAGUGAAACCCAUUUUAUCUAAAGACUUUAACAGUAGAGGACAAGUUGAUUUGAUGGAUUUUCAAUCAAACCCAGAUGGAAACUAUAGAUUUAUUAUGGUAUUUCAAGACCCCAUUACAAAAUUUUGUAACAUUAAAGCCCUUACCUCAAAAUGUGCAUCAGAGGUGGCUUUUAAUCUAAUUGAUAUUUUUACACUUUUUGGUGCUCCCCAUAUACUGCAAAGUGACAAUGGUCGGGAAUUCACAGCUUUGGUCAUAUCCAAGUUAAAAUUAAUGUGGCCAGAACUUGUUAUCGUUCAUGGGAAACCGAGACAUCCCCAAUCACAGGGUGGCAUUGAACGAUCAAAUGGAGAUAUCCAUGACAUGCUGACUGCAUGGCUGAGGGACAAUGAAUCAACAAAAUGGACAAUUGGUAUUUAG